AUGCUUAACCCAUCUGUUGCCUUUGUCGCUCUUGCCGCUGCACGUAUUGCCAGUGCACAGUACGCCAGCACAACAACGUUCACCUUUACGCAGCCGACUGGAUUGCCAAAUGGACUUGCCAGCUACGUGAGCUUCGUGCCCGGCGGCGAGAACACCAAGUAUGAAGGUCACGAAUUCCAACCGGAGUUGUCAUACGUCGAGGGCGGUUACCUCAACCUUCUUGUUCCUGGAGGGCAGCAGAAUGAAGCUGUGAUCUGGUCAGCAGAGGUUCAGACGACCUUUACUGUUUCCGCCGCCCGUGUGGAUACAUAUGCGAUCCUGACCGAUACCGCUGGCGUGGUCAAUGGCAUGUUCUCAUACGAUGGUGACACGUCAAUCUCCGGUGGCGUCCAGGAGUCCGACAUUGAGUGGCUCAGCGAUGCCACUUCGGCGACGUUGGUAGACCAAGGCCUGUCGCGCGCUCUCUUGUACACGAACCAGAACACCACAGUCGUUGGUGGACAGAGCACUACUGGUCCUGGCGUCGUUCCUGCGGAUGCGUUUACCAAUGUCCACAAGUACUCGAUUGACUGGAGCAAUGGCCAAACCUCGUUCUUCCUCGAUGAUGUGGCGCAAUAUGGGUUCACGACCAACGUGCCCACCACGACCAAGGCAAGCUGGGUCUGGAACUGCUGGUCGAAUGGCGACCCAUACUUCAGCGUCGGUCCUCCAGCAACCGAUGCUGUGUUCAAGAUCCAGAAGAUCGUCAUGGCCUACAACCCCGGCACCGCGUAG